AUGAGGGAUGCUCAACUCCGGUACCCUAAGGCUGAAAGGGCGUGUCUAGCAUUGGUUCACGCGAUCCAGAGGUUCAGACAUUAUCUACUAUCAAACAGGGUCGUGCUGGUAGCCAAAGCCGAUCCCAUAAAGUUCUUACUGUCGAAACCUGCUUUAAUUGGAAGACCAGCGAAGUGGCUACUUCAAAUGUCAGAAUUUGUCAUAGCAUUUGUUCCUCCAAUAGCAAUCAAAGGACAAGUAGUCGCAGAUUUACUUGCCGCUUUCCCUGGAGAAGAUAUCACGAUGUUACAUGAAGAAGUGCCCGGUGAGUUUCCAGAGAUCUCAAUUAUUCAGGAAGAAACGUGGCUAUUAUACUUCGAUGGGUCUGCCACUCCGAGCAACGAUACUGGUGGAGCAGAAUAUGAAGUUUUUCUCCUAGGACUAUCUUUGGCUAAGAAAGCAGGAGCAAAACACCUAGAAAUCAGAGGGGACUCAAAGUUGCUGGUCAAUCAAAUGAAUGGCGUAUACUCUCUCAAAGAAAUAACACUUUCCCUAUUCAGGAAUGAGGCACAACGACUAUUAACUCAUUUCUCUGAUGCAACAAUUGUUCAUACUGGCCGCACCAACAAUAGACAUGCCGAUUGUCUAGCGACUCUAGCAUCCAAACUGCAGUUCGAAGGGUCCAAGAAAUCCAUCACUGUGCAAAGACGCUCUGUAUCAUCUACCGGGAUUUCUCAAGUCGAAGAUGCUCAAUCGAACGAUUGGCGAGCGCCCAUUAUUCAUGAAUUGAGCAAUUCUCUCACGGAAGGAAAAGUUAGUCUCAAGGAACUUAAAAACUUUUUCUUGCUGCACGGAGCGUUAUAUUACCGCAACCCUGAUGGAUCCCUGUCAUGA